GGGAGAGAAAGGGCCAUUUCACCUCUUUGCUUUCUUCACACACACACUAUAUAGAUAGCAAUCCAACUAUAUAUCAAGAACAUAUCUACACAAGCCCCAAAAAACUUUUUAUCUUUCUCUUUCUUACUAGAAAAAUCAGCCUUCAUCUUGAUCUGCAUAGCAAUGGCCUCCAAGAUUCUGUUGGUGACAGUUUUCGUGUUCGAUUUGAUUGCUUUUUCGCUUGCCGUUGCAGCCGAGCACCGCAGAUCAUCUGCAAGCGUUGCAACUGAGGCGAACGUGGAGUUUUGUGUUUAUGAUUCGGACAUAGCAACCGGCCUUGGAGUGGGCUCGUUCUUGUUCCUUAUGGUUAGCCAACUAAUUAUCAUGGCUGCGAGUAGGUGUUUAUGCGGUGGGAGGGCUCUCCAACCCGGUCGUUCUAGGGUUUGGGCGAUUUUGUUGUUCAUCUCCUGCUGGGUGGCAUUCUUCAUUGCUGAGGUGUGCUUGUUAGCUGGCUCGGUAAGAAACGCGUACCACACCAAAUACAGGACGUACUUGUCGGAAACUCCUCCCUCGUGUGAGACGUUGAGGAAGGGAGUGUUUGGAGCAGGGGCGGCAUUCAUAUUCUUCACCGCCAUACUCUCUGAACUUUUCUACAUGACCUAUUCCAAAACCGGUGACGUAUCUCUCCCUAUGAGAGGGGACACCGGAAUAAGGAUGGGAUAGAGGAGAGGUUUUCGUUCCUCUUGUUUAGACAAGCAUAUCUGAAUAAAUUUGCAGUGUUGAAUUGAGAUUUGCACAGACAAUGUAUGUUUUGUGGCAUAUACAAGAACUUUGUAGGUCUUUGUUUUGGGUAGUGGCUUGUUUUGUAAGCACAACAUUCAUGUUAUAGAGUUGAAAAUGUAAUUUUGUAGUGUUAUUGACUGCUGAAUUGUAUGUUUUCUGUUUUUUUAUGCCUUUUA